UAAUAUUAUUCGAAACAGAUUUUUAGUAAAUAUGAGAGGUGCAUUUUAAACAUUGACACAUUUAUACAUAGUUUUAGACUAUAUGGAAGGAGGAGAUUUAAGAUAUCAUUUAUGUAAGUAAGGGAAAUUUACAGAAGAAUAAACAAGUAGCAAUUCUAUUUGAUAUGAAAGAGUUUUUUGUAAUCUGUAUAUUGAUGGCAUUGUAAUAUUUACAUAAAAAUUUGAUACUUCAUAGAGAUCUUAAACCUGAGAAUUUGGUGUUUGAUGAUGAAGGUUAUUUACAUAUAACAGAUUUGGGAAUAGCAAGAAUAUGGAAACCAAAUAAUAAAAAUGAGACAAGUGGAACUCCAGGAUAUAUGGCACCAGAAGUAAUGAUGAAAUCUGAUCAUGGUGUUGCUUGUGAUUAUUUUGCAUUAGGUUGUUUAGUUUAUGAAUGUUUAACUGGAAAAGUAUUUAUACUAUAAUAAAGAGUAGAGACCAUAUUAAGGAAAGAAUAGAAAAUAGAUUCGAGAAUUGAUACUUAGUAAAAAGGUUAAAUUAAAUAAACAAGGUUUAUCAAAAGAAGUUUCUGAUUUUGUGAAUAGAUUAUUAGAAAGAAAACCAGCUUAAAGAUUAGGAAAUGAAGGACCAGAUGAAGUUAUGAAUCAUCCAUGGUUAAAAAAUGUUGAUUGGAGCAAACAUUAUGAUAAAUUAAUUGAAGCACCUUAUAAAAUUAUAGGAAAGGAUAAUUUUGAUUCCAAGUUUGUGAAUCAAGUUUUGACUAUUAGUGAAUAUAAGGAAGAAAGAGAUCGGAAUAAUCUAUUUCAAGGAUUCACCUAUUUUGAAAAUAAUGAUGAAUAACAAUAGGUUACUGAUAUAGGCACUAAUAAAUAGAAGCAAUUAUUAUCUACUAAAUAUUAUUGA